CGGGUUCGAGGGCUCUUCCGGGAAUCAGGUGAUCGUGAAAGCAAAACAUAUCCAGAGCGUAAUGCGGUGAUGUGAGGUAAAUCAACGCUUUUAUGAGCAUGUGCAAAUAGUUUUUCCUUGGUCUGCCAAAGUACCAUCAGAGAUGCCAGCAGUAACAGCUGGAGUGAAGGAGUUGUACUUGUCAACAUCCUUGGGAGAACUUAACAAGAAGGCUGAAAUAAAACCUGAUAAAAUUAGUACUAGGAGCUAUGUUCAGAGUGCCUGUAAAAUCUUCAAAGCAGCGGAAGAGUGCCGGUUGGACAGAGAUGAAGAAAAGGCCUAUGUGCUGUACAUGAAGUAUCUGACAGUCUAUGAUCUCAUCAAAAUAAGACCUGACUUCAAGCAACAGCAGGAAUAUUUCCUUUCUUUGCUUGGCCCAACCAACUUCAGAAAAGCCAUAGAAGAAGCAGAAAAGCUCUCUGAGAGCCUUAAGCUCAGGUAUGAGGAAGCAGAGGUACGCAAAAAAUUGGAGGAAAGGGAUAGAGCGGAGGAGCAGAAGAAGAAGGAUGACAAAUCAGAGAAGGAUGUGAAGAUGAGCUCUUUAAAUAAGGUUGCAGAACCCUGGAACGAUAAUAAGAAGAAUACAGGAGAGCAGAGGGACUUGAAGAAUGACAUUGUGAAAGCAGGUGUCCCCCCAGGUGGGGUCACUGCCAAGAAGCUCUUUCAGAUGAUGAAAGACCAGAGCAUGAGCAUCAUUGUUAUGGAUGCCAGGAGCACUAGGGACUUUGAAGAGUCUCAAAUCCAAGUGCCAGCUCAAAACUGCAUCUCUGUUCCAGAGGAGGCUGUCAAGCCUGGAAUCACUGUGGAUCAGAUCGAAAUCAAUCUCCCAGAAAAGUCCAAAGAGCAGUGGGGCCGACGGGGUUUUGCAGAUUAUAUUGUCCUGUUGGACUGGUUCAGUUCUGUGACAGACCUCAGGCUGGGCACAACUCUACAAAGUUUGAAGGAUGCCCUCUAUAAGUGGGACAGCAAGACCAUUCUCCGCAGUGAGCCGCUGGUACUGGAAGGCGGAUAUGAGAACUGGCUACUGUUUUAUCCAAUGUACACCUCUAAUGCCAAAGUUAAGCCACCAAGGCCAGAGACCAUCAGUAUGAUCCCAAGAAUUAACUUCAGCUACCCGUCACUUGAAGAACCCAAACAGCCACCGCCUCCAGAGCCAGAGCCUGAAAUGACACCAGUGCCUGGGCCCCCUGUGCAAGUGAAUGGAAAAGCAGGUGGGGAGAAAACUCAACAGCAGGAUGCUAAACAGAAGGAGGAACAUCCAGAGGUACCUAAAGCUCCAACUGCUUCAUCUCCAGCUCAGGUUGUCCAGACAAAUCAGGUCCCAGACAGCCAGCCUGCAGGUCUGGCUAAGGCUAUUCCACAGAUUGAUCGCACCAAGAAGCCCUCUGUCAAACUACCUGAUGGUGUGAGACCAAACAAUGAGGCCCCAGCCAAGAACCAUCAACCGGUGCAGAACAGCCCAGUCAUUCCAGACCGCUCCAUCAAGCCCUCCUUCAGUCCAAAGGAUUCCUUGACAGAGGAGGAGAGGAGCCGCAUUCAUGCAGAAGCUUCUCUCGUAAUGGAGAAGGCCAAGCGAGAGCAGGAGCAACGGAGGAGGGAGCGUGAGCGACAGGCGCGGGAGGAGGAGGAGCGUAUGAAGGAGGAGCAAGAACAGCGUGUCAAAGAGGAGCGAGAGCAGCAGGAACAGCAUGCCAAAGAGGAGCAAGAGCAUCAGGAGCAGCAAGCUAAGGAGGAGCGAGAGCGCCAAGAGAAGGAGAAACAGGAAGAGAUGAAAAGGCUGAAUGAAAAAGAGGCAGAGAAGGAAGAGCAGGACCACAAACAUGGGGAGGAGAAAGAGCAAGGAAGACUCAAGGACCAAAACGUUGUGUCGGUGAAGAACGUGGAAGACUCUUCUAUGCCCAGCAGCAACAAGCAUGACCCAGUGACCAGGGCAAGAAAUGGAGAGAUAGGAAGGUCAGUCCCAGGUUUGCCUCAAGGGUGGAUGAAGUUUCUGGACACUGUGACAGGGACAUACCGUUAUUACCACUCUCCUACCAACACUGUACACCUGUACCCCCCGGAGGUGAGCGUGGCCCAGACCCCUCCUGCCACGCCUCCAACACCCAAACAGAAGCAGGUGACAACAGAUGCUGACAGGGAGCACUCCAAGCUCAAGCGAUCCUACUCCUCCCCAGACCUUGCUCAGGACCUGAAGGAGGAGGGUCAGAAGAAGCCUACUUCCACACCCACCAUCAACAGAGAAACUAAGCCAGUCAGCACCACUGCUUAUGCUAAAGCUGAGACUAUGAGACCAUCUGCAGCACAGAUUCGUAAUCUCUGUCCUGUGUUUGGCGGGCUUGGACCCUUUCUGACUGGGCUACGCAACCUGGGCAACACCUGUUACAUGAACUCCAUCCUGCAGUGCUUGUGCAACACCCCAGCGCUAGCUGAGUACUUCAUCAAAAACUUCUACCAGGAGGAUAUAAACAGAGCCAACAUCCUGGGGCACAAGGGUGAGGUGGCGGAGGAGUUUGGUGUGAUCAUCAAGGCACUAUGGUCUGGCCAGUACAAGUGCAUCACCCCUCGGGACUUUAAAACCACCAUCUGCAAAAUCAACGAUCAGUUUGUAGGCUGUGAGCAGCAGGACUCCCAGGAGCUGCUGCUCUUCCUUAUGGAUGGCCUGCAUGAGGACCUCAACAAAAGAGCUGACAACCGUAAACGAUGCAAAGAGGAACCAAACGAUCAUCUGGAUGAUAACAAAGCAGCAGAACUGGCCUGGAGCAAGCACAAACUUCUCAAUGAAUCCAUAAUCGUAGCACUGUUCCAGGGUCAGUUCAAGUCCACAGUGCAGUGCCUGAAGUGUUACCAGAAAUCCCGUACCUUCGAGACCUUCAUGUACUUGUCCCUGCCCCUCGCAUCCUCCAACAGGUGCUCACUGCAGGACUGCCUGAAAUUGUUCUCCAAAGAAGAGAAACUGACCGAUAACAACAGAGUUUUUUGCAGACACUGUAAAACCCACAGAGAUUCUACCAAAAAGCUGGAGAUCUGGAAAGUUCCACCAAUUCUGCUGGUACAUUUAAAACGAUUCUCUUAUGAGGGAAGGUGGAAGCAGAAACUGCAGACAUCUGUUGACUUUCCCCUUGAACAUCUGGACCUGUCACAGUAUGUUAUUGGCCCAAAAAACAGCUUGAAAAAAUACAGCCUCUAUGGAGUAUCAAACCACUACGGAAGUCUUGAUGGUGGACACUACACUGCCUACUGUAAGAACGCCGCAAAGCAGCGCUGGUACAAGUUUGAUGACCACGAGGUGACCGAAAUCUCCACAUCCUCAGUCAAGUCUUCAGCUGCCUACAUACUCUUCUAUUCAUCUAUAUAGUAGUGUAGGGCUGCACGCUGGUCUGUGGGGACGGCGGACAGAGGAUCGGAGAUGAGGACUGUUUUGCUAAGUCAAGGUGAUGCUGUGACUCAUGCGGCAGCGUUUCAGUUCAAAAUAGACACUUAACCCAUCUAAAGACGGUCUUCUUGCUAUAGUCAAUAGUGAGUAAACUUUAUAUUAUCAACGUAAAUGAUGUGCAAACAAUUAAACUGCGUAGUAUGCCUUCAGUGACUUUAACAAUAUUACCCAGUUGAUUGGUGACCUUUUUGGUUGUAUUUUAGUGCUGGAAUCCCUUUAAGAUUUCUUACUAAUUUUCUUGGUUUUGUUAUGCUGACCUUUCACAUAUCUUCUCUGUACUGUGAAUACAUUAGCCUGAGGAGACAGGAAUAUGUAUGUACAGCACAUACUGAUUGCAAGUCUUGCACAUUAAACUUGGAUAAACAUU